UUCCGACAUAACCAACCUCAAAAACCCUAACGUUCACGUCGGUAAUUUGAAAGCUGGCAGUGGCAGACUCAAGUGUUUUAGGGUUUAAGGCAGCUCUGAGUUAUCAAUUUUGUAUUUGACACUUGAGGUUUUUAACUCUUUUUUCUUCUAUCAAAGCUUUUUGUUCCUGCACUUGUGAUAAACAACCCAAAAACACCAUGGCCACAACCAUAGCUUCGCAGUUGCAGGCAAUUAGGUCUGUCAUACAAGCCGAUUCGGAGCCCCAAAAGCGACCCAUCACUCGGCCUUCUAUUCUGUUCGAUCCUAAAGAAGCUGCCGAUAUUGAUAUUGAUACCAUACUCAGUAUUGCACAUUCAGGUUUGGAAGUUCUUAUAAGUGUGAACGAUCGCUUUAGAAACUAUAAGAAUGAUCUGUUCAGUCAUAAAAGUAAAGAAUUGGAUAGAGAAAUGAUGACUCAAGACGAAAAUAACAGUAUUAAUGCUACCAUUGGUUCGUACCUGAAGUUACUCUCGGGACAUCUUCAACUACCUGCUUCCCACAAGACACUUGAAUAUUUGAUGCGCAGAUACAAGAUUCACAUAUACAAUGCUGAGGAUUUGAUUUUAUGUGCCUUGCCAUACCAUGACACACAUGCUUUUGUCCAAAUAGUUCAGCUAAUCGACACAAGAAAUAGUAAAUGGAAGUUUUUGGACGGUGUCAAAGUCUCGGGUGCACCACCUCCUAGAAAUGUUGUGGUGCAGCAGUGUAUUCGGGAUAUGGGAGUUUUGGAGGCUCUGUGCAAUUAUGCAUCUCCAACAAGAAAGUUUCAAUCUUCAAGACCGGUCAUCAGCUUUUGCACAGCAGUUAUUAUUGAAGCUUUGGGUUCUUUAACCAUUGUUAAUAGCGAUGUUGUGAAGAGAAUGCUUCCAUUUGUAGUUUCUGGGCUUCAGCCUGUCACCAAAGUAGGUUCAGAUCACAAGGCUGGUGCUAUGAUGAUUGUUGGUUUGCUAGCAAAUAAAGUUGCAUUGGCUCCUAAGCUUGUUAAAAGUUUGAUUCGGUCGAUUUCUGAGAUGGUUCAUGAAGAUGCAAAAGAGUCAACUGAUCUGCAAUGGCUUCGUUUAUCACUUAUGGCUUUAAUUAACCUUGUUCAGUUGCAGUCAAUGGAUACAUUUCCGAAGAAAGCUUUGGACAUUUUGAAGGAAACUGGGGAUAUUGUGGGAGUUCUUUUAGAACUCUCUAAAGAGUUCAAUAUUGAUAGGUUCCUUUCUGUGCUUUUGGAAUCUCUGGUUGACAACAGUUCUUCUGAUGAUGCAAGUUGUCGCACUUUGAUAUCCAUUAUAGAGACUGUUCCAGUAAAGAAUUUUGUUGAACACUUGGUAUCAAGGGUCCUCUUAUCUUGCAUAAAAAUGACACAGAGAAAUGACAAUCCAAUACCAUCUGAAUCAGGGAGCUGGGCUAAGAUGAUUUUGAUGGUUGUUAAUAAGAAUUAUCCAUCUGAACUUCAUCAAGCAGUUCACAAAUUCUUGGAGGAUACCAAAACCCAAUCCAAGAAAGAUGUUGCAGUAUUUGAAACUUUAUGUAAGAUGUUGGAUGGGAACUUGGAUCUGUCAGUGGCUACAUCAGAUUCUAAAAUGUGGUUAGGUCUGCACCAUCCAAAGGCCGAAGUCCGACGUGCUACACUGUCUGGUUUAAAGACAUCUGGCGUUUUGAAAACCUCUGGCAUUGAUUCCCAGAGGCUUGUAAAUAUUCGAGAUGCAAUAUUACGCCAGCUUUAUGAUGAUGAUCUGACUGUUGUUCAAGCAUCUUUAUCUCUUGAGGGAUUGUCCAAAAUAAUCAGCGCUUCUGAUUUUCUUGAAGCAUUGGAUAACGUACUUAAAAGAUGUGGUGGCACCAAAUGGUCAAAUAAAUGUACUCUGCUUGGUGAUGUGGUUGUUUCAUUCUUGAAGAUUGCUAUCUCAACCUUCCAUGAUCAGGCUGAUUAUUCAAAGAAACUUGCUGCCAGGAUAUUUCCUUUACUCCUAAUUUUCCCCAAGACUCAGAGGCUAAAUUUGAAGGUUUUGGAAUUAGUAAAGGAAAUGGACUGGCCAUUGUACCAUAAUCUUAAUGGUAUCCCCACUGAAGAAAUGAAUUUGCAACGUGAAAACAUAUCGGUAGUUAAUAUGAAGAUUGUUAGCAGCUUGGCUGAAACAUUGACAAUGCACCCUGAUGAAUAUGCAUCUUGGCUUAUCAAGAGCCAAAACGACUUUAGUUCAUCCAAGACACUUUUCUUCUUGGUUGUGAUGCAGUCAUUUCUAAAUUCAAAGAAAGAUAGUGGGCAGUUUUUGGCACUUUUUGAAGCUUGCUUCCCUGUUUUAAAGACUGAGUGGGAAGUUUUUGAGUCUGCUGCUGAUAUUUAUGAGAAUGAGUUUAAUAAGGAGAUGAUACACUGGGACUGCCAAAGAUUCUUAGAUCAGCUAGUUGAUUCUGAUGCCAAUGCAUUAAACGCAGACAUUCUAAUUUGUGUCUUUUGGAGGUUACUGGAGGUGUUUUCUUCAAUAGCAACUGCCGAUGUCUUGUUGGAUGAUAAUGGCAAGUGGUUAAGCAGCAAAUGUAGGGAAUUGUUUGUCUUCUUUGCGAGCUCUCAAUGGAAGCAUGUUUUUAAGGAGCAUCUUCAUUACCUUGCUACAAAGUGCAAGAUCUCUCCUAUUAAUUUUCUAUCUGGGUUUUUCACAGAUGAAGAUUUUCCUGUUGCUGUCCAAGUUGAGAGUCUUCACUGUCUUGCGUUUCUUUGUUUGGAACCUGAUGAUAGAUUGCUGUUUCAACUUCUGGCCAAUUUUCCUUCACUUCUUGUUCCACUUGCCAGUGAUAGCCAGGAUAUGAGAAUUGCUGCCAUGGGCUGCAUUGAAGGACUCUAUGCACUUUCACGUCGUGUUGACUAUUUAAGCAAGAAAAAUGGGAACAAUGCAAAUUGGAGUCAUUUCCUUGAAGAACUUUUGGGUUUAAUUGUCCAACAAAAAAGGGUUAUAUUAUCAGACAAGAACUUUCUACCUUCUUUGUUGACUUCCUUGCUUGGCUCAUCACGUGGUAGUCUUCUAGUGCCACAAAAUGUUGAACAGAGAUUUGAUAAACCUACGAAGGAAAAGGUUCUUGCUUUCGUCUUGGGUUAUGCUCUUCAACUUUCUGCACAUGCUAAGCUAAUGAUUAUAUUUUUGCUCAAAGGAUUGGGGAAUAUGAUAAUGUGCAUUAAAGAUGUUGAAGUGUUUUUGUCCCAACUUCUGACAAGACGCAAACAAUUUUAUUUUGAGGCAGACAAGUCAUUCCAUAAAUUGUCCAAAACUGAAGUCAAGAUCUUGUGCCUUUUACUGGAGAUCUGUGCUACACCACCUUCUUCAUUUGAGGGAUGUGCUUUUGAAGAUUAUUUAUUGGAGGCUCUGCACUUGGACGGUCACUCUUUGGAAGAAUAUGCCAUUGCAGAACCUUGUAUUACCGUUUUGCAGAAGCUAACUUGUCAAUUUUACAGUGGCUUGACGACUGAGAAACAGGGGCUACUGUUUCGUGAGCUUGUGGUUUUGUUCCGGAGUGCUAAUAUUGAUAUACAAAACGCAACCAGAGAAGCCUUGCUGCGUUUGAAUAUUACUUGCUCUACGGUUGUCCAUGCACUUGAUUUUAUAUUCAAACAACAUAGUGGCAAAACUGAUUCAGCAUAUGGGAGGAAAAAGAAGAAGAAAUCAAUGGCGCAUCAAACGUCAACGUCAGAUCAUAAUUUGGUUUGUAAGGGGGAAACUGAUUUACAUUCACUGAGCUCCCUGCUUGACAUAUUGAUACUGAAGAAAGAUAUGGCUAACAGGGAAUCUCUUAUUGGGCCUUUGUUUGAGCUUCUUGGAAAAAUGUUUUCAGAUGAGUGGGUACUCAUUCAAGAUAAAAACUGGGUUCAAUCUUCUUCUGGCUUUUCCCAGACCAUGUCCAGUACAGUGCGUUACAUUCAGCAUGCGCUCUUAUUAAUACUGGAAGAUAUUAUUGCUUCAUCUGUAAAAACUGUCCCACUAAAGGAUGACAUACCAAAUAAAAUAGACAUCAAAAUGUUGGUUGAGUGUUCCCGUUCUGCAAAGGAUGGGGUCACGCGCAACCAUAUAUUCUCACUGUUAUCCUCAAUUAUAAAGGUCAUUCCAGACAAGAUGUUGGAACAUAUAUUGGAUAUACUUACUGUUAUUGGAGAAUCAACUGUUACUCAGAUUGACAACUACUCGCAACGUGUGUUUGAGGAUCUUAUAGCUGCAGUUGUUCCCUGUUGGCUGGUAAAGACAAACAACCCAGAGAAAUUGCUCCAGAUUUUUGUGAAUGUGUUACCUGCUGUGGCUGAGCAUCGGAGGUUGUCAAUUAUAGUGUACCUGUUAAGGAAAUUGGGAGAACGUAAUAGCUUGGCUUCCCUGCUUGUCCUUCUUUUCCAGUUGUUAGUUUCAAGGAAAGGACUAUCUUACCUUGAGGAUACACAAACUUCAGAUGGUCUUACAUCUUUUGUAAAACGAGAGUGGGAGUAUGCUUUUGCUGUGCAGAUAUGUGAGCAAUUUUCAUGCAUGAUAUGGCUUCCAUCCAUUGUUACGCAGCUUCAACUUAUAGGAACUGGUCAUUUAUGCCAAGAACUGUUCAUGCAAUUGCGAUUUGUAAUGGAGUUCAUUUUGCAAAAAUUGCAAGAUCCAGAAUUAUCUUUCAAGCUUGAAUCAACUGAAGAUUCUGAUAGCAUCCAGACAACUCUUCAAGAACUCAUGGAGCAUGUCGUUUUUCUUUUACAACUUGUUGACACAAGAAGAAAGCAAAUAAUUUGUCCUGUUAUGAUAAAGAAAGAAUUAAAAGAGUGUAUAUGUGCCGUCUUGAGGACUAUCACAACAGUUAUGAGUCCUGCAUCAUACUUUAGAGGGAUCAUCAAUUUGCUUGGCCAUUCAGAUGGAAAUGUGCAAAAGAAGGCUCUUGGACUUCUUUGUGUGACAUUAAGGGACCUUGAGUCAAUUAAUUCAAGGCUUAAGGGAAGAAGGGAACUAAAUGCAAGAUCAGGUGCUAAUUGGCUCCAUAUGGAUGAGACUGCUAUUGAAUCUUUUCAUAAGAUGUGUUUGGAAAUUGUUCGUUUAGUUGAUGAUAUGAUAGAUGAAGUUGAUACUUCAUUGAAACUUUCAGCAGUUUCCACUCUGGAAGUCUUGGCUCACAGCUUUUCUUCUGAUUAUUCUAUCUUCAGCAUUUGCCUUCCCUAUAUAACAAGAGGAAUUAGUUCACACGACCUGGCCAUUUCUACUGGCUGCCUUCGAACGACUGGUGCUUUGGUUAAUGUGCUUGGACCAAAAUCAUUAACUGAGCUUCCUAGAAUAAUGAAAAAUGUGGUUAAAUUAUCUCAUGAAAUCAGUUCUCGCAGCGGUGAUGAAAACAACUCUGUUGCACUAUCAACUUCAAAAGAAUCUUUCAUGCAGUCUAUUCUUGUCACUUUGGAGGCAGUUGUGGACAAUCUUGGUGGCUUUUUAAAUCCAUACCUUGAAGAGGUUAUAGGACUAAUGGUUCUUGGUCCUGAGUAUACAACAGAAUCCAAACCAAAGCUGAAAUCGAAAGCUGAUGUAAUACGGAGGCUCCUUACUGAGAAAAUCCCUGUUCGACUUGCACUCCCUCCUUUGCUGAAGAUAUAUUCUGAUGCUGUGGUGUCUGGGGAUCCAAGUGUGGCAAUUACUUUUGAAAUGCUAGCUAGAUUAGUUAGUAAGAUGGAUAGAUCAUCUGUUGGUGGUCACCAUGGAAAAAUUUUUGACCUCUGCUUGUGUGCUCUUGAUCUUCGUCGUCAACACCCUGUUUCAAUUCACAACAUUGAUAUUGUUGAAAAAAGUGUCAUCAGUGCUAUGAUUUCUCUGACAAUGAAACUUACCGAGUCCAUGUUCAGGCCUCUCUUUAUCAGUAGUAUUGAUUGGGCAGAGUCACGUGUGGGAGAAAUUACCAAUGGGGGGGGUGUAUCUGUGGACAGGUCCAUUGCCUUGUAUGGUCUGGUGAACAAGCUUGCUGAGAAUCAUAGGUCUCUUUUUGUCCCUUACUUCAAGUACUUGCUUGAGGGUUGCAUACGGAAUCUUUUGGAUGCUGCAGAUGGGAAAGGUGCUGGCUUGAUUCGAAAGAAAAAGAAAGCCAAGAUUCAGGAAGCAGGAAAUGAUUUAAAAGACAAAAACAGUGUGUUAUCACUAAAAAGUUGGCACCUAAAGGCAUUAGUCAUAUCAGCUUUACAUAAAUGUUUUCUGUAUGACACUGGGAGCACAAAAUUUCUUGACUCAGCAAAUUUCCAGGUUCUCUUAAAACCCAUCGUCUCACAGCUUGCUGUGGAACCACCAACUUCUCUAGAAGAAAAUCCAAACAUACCAUCUGUUAAGGAAGUUGAUGAGUUGUUGGUAGUUUGCAUUGGUCAGAUGGCUGUUACUGCAGGAACUGACGUUCUAUGGAAGCCCCUGAACCAUGAGGUAUUAUUGCAAACCCGGAGCGAGAGGGUGCGGUCUCGAAUUUUAGGGCUGAGAAUUGUCAAGCAUCUUUUGGAUAAUCUGAAAGAAGAGUACCUUGUAUUCUUGCCUGAAACCAUCCCCUUCCUGGGUGAGCUGCUGGAGGAUGUGGAGCUCCCUGUGAAAUCUCUAGCACAGGAUGUUCUCAAGGAGAUGGAAUCCAUGAGUGGGGAAAGCCUUAGGCAAUACCUUUUGUGAUACUGAACAUCCGGUGUUUGGUGAGUGAUAUGGGCCGGUGGAGAUGCUAUGUCAUUCUCACGAGUUGAUGCAUGUAAUUCUAUAUUUUCUGAGGGAAAAAUGUAAAUUAUAAAUUUUGUAUUUAUAGAUAGAAGAUUUAGGUCAAUCAACAAGCUGAAGCUUGCCUGGUUUGAGUGAGUUGAGGAUGCGUGAAAAUGCCAUGGCUGUAAGCUCCAGUGACGAAAAUAUGUUCUGUAUCAACCAAUGGCUUACAGACUUAUCUCAGUUUUGUUUACAUUCAGCAAUUCAUAUUAUCGAGCAAUUUUUAACUCUCUCUAUACA